ACCACUUAAACUAAACAACAACAACUACUACUAUACCUUCUUUUCCUCCUCCAUCAACACACACCAAUUAUGGGUAUUAACACCACCAUCACCACCACCCUAAUUCUUUUCACUGCAACACUGCUACUCUACUUCUCCACCGUAGCCAUUGCCACCGACUCAUGCGCCUCUCAAAGUGACUACUCCGGAAUCAUCGUCAUUCCCAUCUACGGCAACUGCUCCCCUUUCAAGAAUCUCUCCGACUCCUGGGACACCACCAUCAUCGACAUGGCCUCCAAGGAUCCUCUCAGGGUAGAGUACCUGUUCGGCCUCGACGCGUCGCUCAGGAAAAAGCGCGUUUCCGCCGCCCCAAUAGCUUCGGGGCAGGCCUUCGACAUUGGUAACUACGUCGUCCGAGUCAAACUCGGCACGCCGGCUCAACUCUUUUUUAUGGUCCUGGAUACCAGCACCGACGAGGCUUGGGUCCCGUGUUCCGGCUGCACCGGUUGCUCUUCCUCCACCACCUACUCGCCGCAAGCCUCUACCAGUUAUGGCGGCGCCGUGGCUUGCUACGCCCCGCGUUGCGCCCAGGCUCGUGGCGCCCUCCCUUGCCCCUACACCGGUUCCAAAGCUUGCAUCUUCAACCAAUCCUAUGCAGGCUCCACAUUCUCCGCCACGCUCGUGCAAGAUUCUCUCAGGUUGGCCGAAGACACUCUCCCUAGCUACGCUUUCGGGUGCGUCAACUCCGUCUCCGGAGGCACAAUCCCGGCCCAAGGCCUUCUGGGCUUGGGCCGCGGGCCCUUGUCCCUAGUUACCCAAUCUUGGUCACUCUACUCCGGCGUCUUCUCCUACUGUCUUCCCAGUUUCAAAUCCUUUUACUUUUCCGGGUCCCUCGUACUCGGGCGCACGGGUCAGCCCAGAAGAAUCCGCUCCACCCCACUUCUCCGAAACCCGCGGCGGCCAUCACUCUACUACGUGAACCUGACGGGAGUGACAGUGGGCCGGGUUCAGGUCCCAUUACCCACCGAGUAUCUCGCGUUUGACCCGAACAGAGGAUCCGGAACCAUCAUAGAUUCGGGCACGGUCAUAACCCGAUUCGUGCAACCGGUUUACAACGCAAUCAGGGAUGAGUUCAGAAACCAGGUGAAGGGACCGUUCGUUAGCAUAGGGUCAUUCGACACGUGCUUUGUGAAGACCUACGAGACGCUGGCACCGUUGAUCAAGUUUCGGUUCACGGGAUUGGAUCUCACUCUACCCUACGAGAACACCCUCAUACAUAGUUCCUACGGUGCGGUGGCGUGCCUGGCCAUGGCGGCGGUGCCCAACAACGUGAACUCGGUGCUCAACGUUAUCGCCAACUACCAACAACAGAACCUUAGGAUUAUGUUCGACACAGUUAAUAAUAGGGUUGGCAUAGCGCGUGAGCUUUGUAACUAGCUAUAUCGUGGUUUUUUGUUACUAUCUUGGUACAACGUUUGUUUGUGUUCGUAGGUUGCUUUUCUUUUUUUUACUUUGUUCAAAUGGGUGUGGUGAAUAAGCCGUGUAGGUAUUGCUUGGUUUUGGAGUAUUUUUUUUCAAAAUAAAGAUAUGUUGUGGUA